GGAAUAUUUUUCAACUUUUUCUUUCAACUUUCGACUUCCUGAACCCUGAGGAAUUAUCAAUAAUGUUUUAUAGUGUGUCACAUAGCUCAACAACAACUAACAAAUGUGAUUGCAUAGUAAAAUAUUUUUCUCUAUGAAGUGGAAUACAAAAUAGUAUUCAGGUCAAAGGUUAUUCUAUUUUGUCGUUUUCACAAUUUGUUUGAAGUGAGAAUUUCUCUAAUUUAGUAUUUUAGUCCUAGGGUCCAGAUAAGUAUUGGAUUAAGUGUUCAAUGUGUACCCAUUGCAACAAAUAGUAUUAGAAAGUUGUAAUUUUUGUUUGUUAUAAAACAGCUGCACUUGUCUACGGUUGAUUGGAAUGAGGUCUAGAUUUAGGAACCUACAUCAUGAUGUACUAUUGCUGUGGUGUAUAAUUUUGUCAGUGACAGGCCUACAGGUGCAAACUACUACAUGGACCAUAGCAGUGGACGCUCCUUUAGGCACAAUAGUUGGUGCGGUGGAGGCUAAUUCUACCGCCAAGGUAACUUGUGCAAUAGUUGGCAAUAGCAAGGCGCUAGAGUACUUCACAAUCAAUCCGAACACUUGUGUUGUCACCAUCAAAAAGUCGCUUCUUGGUGACAUUGACAAUAUCACUCUGUAUAACAUCACAGUACAAGCCACGGAAAGUGGUGUGCCCUCUCCUGGAUCAAGUGUCCUACUGGUGUCUAUCAACAGAGACCUGUACACUCCCGACAUUACCAACUUACCAGCGACCUUAAAUGUCAACGAAAGUACUGGACCAGGAACAGUAAUUUUUAAAGGGCUGCCUCAAGAUAAAGAUUCCAACAGUCAAGUUGUUUGUGACAUCACAGCAAGUUUCGUCAGCAUAUUCUUUCAAAUCAAUGCGUCCACUUGUGAGAUUUCCAUUCGAAAUUCUCUCCGGUUUGAUACUCAAACAUCAUACCAGAUUCCUGUUCAAGUGUAUGACAUCUUCUGGACAAACACUAAAGUCACUAGGACACUAACAGUCAUAGUCAAUCGUAAUGUGAACUCUCCAGUGUUUUCUGGACCGUCCACUGCCAGCAUCAACAACAGUUUCUCACCUGGUGACACGGUCCUUGCACUGACCGCCAAUGACGCUGACGGGGAUCAUCUGACCUUUACGAAGGUCAAUGCAAAUGACAAUUCCAGUGCUAAUUUUAUUGUGGACAGUUCUACCGGGAAUAUAAUUCUAGUCAAGCCACUGCCUGGACAAGCUCUUUACUCAUUUGAUGUCCAGGUCUCCGAUAACCGCGCCUCGUUGUCCCGGAACAGCACAGUCAAGGUCACGGUUAAUGUCACCAAUGUCCAGUUCCCACCGUACUGGCUGAACGCUCCAUACAACGCAAGCAUCAACAUCAACGCCUUUGUCUCCAGCGAGGUACCGGUCAGCAUUAGGGCAGCUAAAACUAACUUACUGGGCAAUCUCAAAUAUCGAAUCUCCGGCGGUGUUCCAGAGGAUGCCAAGAACACUUUCAAUAUCAACGAAAACUCUGGGAAACUAACUUUGAGUCGGAAUCUUGUAAACUUUCGAUCCAGUGCUGUGGUUUUUAUCGAGGCUUUUGAUGACGCAGUACCAACUGAAGUGAUCUAUUCUACAGUCACUAUAUAUUUUGUACGUAACCUGAGUCCGCCAGUCUUCACGUUACCCACAUAUAGUGCCGCUAUUAAUGACUAUGACCCUCCAGGAACCAACGUUAUCACAAUAGGUGCCAUAGACACUGAUCUUUUGUCACCAGAAAAUAUAAUAGUUUAUAAGUUGGAUACUACUACGAAUGGCUCUGACUACUUUGAUGUCAACAUGUAUACUGGACUUAUCUCAGUGGCUAAAAGAGUUUCACAGGAUGCAGGAAAACCAAAUACCUACACACUCUAUAUUACUGCACAAGAUCCAAGCCUGGACCCAAGGUCUUCCACCGCUACAGUGUCAAUUAAUGUUUAUCGAAAUGUAGCGCCAUUACUAGACAGAGAUCAAUACAUUGCUCAAAUCUCUGAUACACAGGAGGUCAUGAUGCCUUUCCUAAAUGUUUUGGCAACAGAUUCGAACUCACUAAGACCCGACUCGGACAACGGCAAGAUGGACUUCAGUAUUACCAACAUUAACAAUGGGACAGACAUCCGGACGCUGUUCGGUAUUGAUAACAUCGGCCAGAUCUAUCCAGUGAGAUCAUUGAGAUAUUUGACAACAUCAGUGUACACUUUCCAAGUUGUGGUGUCAGACCGUGGUGUCCCCUCACUGACAGAUACUGCCAACGUGACUGUAACCGUGACAUCCACUCCGGGCGUUAUAUUCAGCCCCACCUCCUCAACGUACAAUCUGCCAGAGAACAACACGACGCCAGCUUACUUGGAGACUCUAGGUGCAAUUAACUCUGCAGGCAAUAGUGCUUUACUGUAUGAGAAUGUGGCCGAUGGGUUCGCUAAACUUGCCUUCAGUGUGAACGCUACUUCCGGUGACAUCACCCAGAUACUGCCCUUCAGUAGUGAUCCAGUCAGGUCACUAUCAUACGUGUUAACAGUGCGUGCCUAUAGACAGAAUGAUCCAACAAUACAAGCUUUUAAGACCGUCAGGAUUAAUGUGAAUAGGAACCCCAGCCCUCCAGUGUUUGGACUUCCUAGUUACACAUUUACAGUGCCUGAGAACCAGGCACUAGGAAGUGUCAUCGGCAAGGUCAAUGCCACGGAUUCAGACUUUGGCUUAGCAGGGGACAUAACCUACUCUAUUUCUAAAACAUCCAACUCGCCACUAACGAGUUAUGUUUUCUUCCAUGUUGAUCAGUACAGCGGAGAGGUAUCCAUCUCUCGCUCACUAGUUGAGGACCAUCUGACCUCCACGUACAAGUUUCCUGUUGUAGUGACAGAUAAUGGAGUCCCCCAGUUCACCUCUACCUCCACAUGUACAGUGAAUGUCUUGAGGAACAUGAACGGACCAGUCUUCGUACCAAACAACACCUACACAGUCUACAUCAAAGAGGACGCCCCUGUGGGACUACAGAUUCUAGACCUGAAUACUACUGAAGCUGAUAACCAAUCAGUGAGCUACAGGAUAGUACAGAAUGAUAUCAACAUCUUGUACUUUCAAAUAUCCAAUGUGACUGGAAUCAUCUCAAUAGCAGGAUCUCUACUUCAGUCAACAAGCUCUGUCUUCCCGAUAACAGUGUUUGCAAGUGAUGACCAACCCUCCCCCAGGACAGACGUUGCCUACGUGACCGUCUACGUGAUAAGGAACCCUAACCCUCCCGUCUUCUCUCAAGCCCUUUGGUCAGUCAGAAUAUCUGAGUACCAACAAGUGAACGUCCCACUCCUGACACUGGCAGCCAGCGACAAGGAUCCUCCAAAUAGUGACAGUGGCAAGAUUACUUUCUCGAUCAUCAAUCAGACAGCCAUCAGUCCCACAUCUGCUAAUGCUUACAAAACCGAUUACUUUACCGUGGGUUCCAACAACGGGCAGAUUUAUCUAGCCAGAGCUCUGACCACUUUGGAAUCUGCAGACGAAUAUGAUAUCUACAUUAAAGCUCAGGACGGUGCGGUGACCCCCAAGUCUGAUGUUGCUAGAGUGAACAUUAAGAUUGUUAGAAACAUGUACCGGCCAGUGUUUGAGGGGACGAACUUCACCACCACCAUCUCCGAGACGCAAGACAUCAACACCUACAUCCUCAAUGUCACGGCUGUGGAUAAUGACACCUUGGUGGAUCUGAACAAAGGAACGCCCAACGCAGAAGUCGUGUAUGAACUCCAUGACUUUCUAGUCAGUGAUAGACAAAGUAGAUACUUUGGGGUCACAGAGACGGGGAUGAUCUACAAGAAACAAGCCACCACAGGAGACAGUGGCAGCGAGACCUUUUCUUUCCAAGUGCUAGCCAGAGAUAACAACUGGAAGAGGGACAUGCUCUCUGUAUCCAAUGUUAGUAUUACCGUGAACUACGUUGGUUCUGCCAAUGGGCAACUUGGAUUUUUACAGCCCAUUUUCUUACUAGAAAUCCAAGAGAAUGUUGGUCUCAGUGACGCACAUCCCGUUCUUUUCAUGGAUGUGGAAAACCAAGAAAACAAUGAAGUCGUUUGUAGUAUUUCAGGAGGCUCAGAUACGUUUACGGUAAGAGCUGUGGAUGGACAAAAGAACUGUGCUCUCUUCCUGACCUCCCCACUGGACGUUGUGAGGCGAGACAGGUAUGACCUGACCGUAGAAGUGGAGAGUAAGGCGCUGACCGAAACUGUCAGGAGAAGGCGCCAAACUUCCUUCAAAUAUAACAGCUGGGGCACAGCACGAGUUGUCAUAGAUGUCAAUGACGUCAACAACAAUGCACCUCAGUGGGUAUAUGUUCCAUAUCCACGAGACACUAUGGACGCCCCAGAUGGCACUCGUGGAAUCUUCAUCACUGCCGUUGAUUAUUCCUCGCCUCCCGAUACAGUGGCGAUGCAAUUUAAGGCAACUGACCUUGACCUCGGUCUGAAUGGUGAAGUCAGGUACAGUCUUGAUGUACCUACCACAAGCCCUCCUCCGUUCCAGAUCGAUGUUUUAAAUGGCAAUCUGAUGACUAAAGAUUUUCCAUCACUGGACAGGACAUCCAGGACACUGCCCUAUCAACUGACUGUAAAAGCUUACGAUCUUAGCGUCGAGCCCCUAGGGUUUAAAUCUACUACAGCGGAAUGUUUUGUUAAUCUUAUAAGAGAUGAAAACAGAUUUGUUCUUGUGAUUAUGAAAUCUUAUACCGAAGUCGUAACACAGAAAGAGACUUACAGACAAGCCUUACAGAAUUCUUCCAAUUUGGUGAUAUUGCUUGAAAGAAUUGAACCCAAGAGAUAUAUUUUCAAUGGAGCAUUACAGAUUGAUCUCAAAGCAACGGAUGUGACGUUCGUGGCUGCGUUACCCAAAACUACUUACCAACUUCUCACCUACAAUGACCCUCAAGCUGACAGCUUGCUGACCUCUAUGGGAGCCGUGUCCAAGAUUAGAAGUGCAGUGGGCAGUUCUCUGAGCUCCAAUAUUGAGGCCAUACGUCAAAGUUAUGGAAGUAAUGUCAUCAUCAAACCAAUGCUGACCAAGUCAUACAUCUGGUGGAUGGACGACCCGUGGGCGGCUCUCAUAGCUUUAGCCUCCAUCAUCAUGCUGCUUAGUGUGGUGGGCAUCGUUGUAAUCAGCUUUUCGUAUGCCAGAUAUAGAAACUACGUCCUGAAGUACAGACACCAAAUGGAGAAGUCAGUCGUGCUAGAUAAACAGCAAGAGGAUUAUGAAGUGCAGAGCUUACACAUGUAUGUGCCCCAGGAUGACUCAGCUCCGCCGUACGAUGACCUGAAAAUGAAUUUGAACUCCUCUGAAGUUGGCAAAAUUUCAAACAAUAAAUAUAUUUCUACUAUCGAUACCCCGAGUUGGCCUCCUGCGCUGAGAACCAAUUUACAGCACGAUAAAUUAACGAUGUUUUAGCACCAGUAUACUGAUUUAAUAAAUUGUAAAUUUAUGUUCCAUGAGUAGAAGCAAGAAGACAUAUCAAUGUGUCUAAACAUUAGAGGAAACUGAAAUAAACUUUCUAGACAAAAUAAACAAAUGGCUAGCAAUGUUUACAAUAUCAGCCAUAUCUUUUUAGCUCGAUUUUAUAAAGCUUUUUAAAAAGUCAUUUUAACUGAUAGUCAUGCAUUCAAACUGCAAUAAAUAAUUGUCCUUGAGCGUGUGUGUGCGUUUAUGAAUGCGCCUGCGGUAAAAGCAUCUAUGGUUGGCGUUUACAGGAUCAUUUUCUUAUAAUUAAAAGACACUAUUAAUGAUUUCCAGAAACUUAACUUUUUAUUUACUAGCAAUAAAAAAAAUGGUGUGCUCCAUUGUUAGUUUAAGGGUAUAAUAACCAGACAUCAUUGGCGUCCUCGUGUGACAACUGCGACUAAGUAUUUAAUUUUAUAUUGGAAUAUAAGAUGGUCAUUCAUUGAGAUGUUUGCUAGUGGACAUUGUAUGAAAUAUGUUAC